AUGGAGCUCUUCCCUUUCGGGCUCGAAAGGAAGCAGCCCUGGAACAAUGGGGGCAAAGACUCGCAGCGUUCAAAGUCAAAGGGCAAGGGCUUUGGAGGUGGAUGCGCCAUUUGCGGUGACCUUGGCCAUUGGAAAAAUGAGUGCCCGAAGGCACGCGGCCGUGUGAACCAGAUAAGACGGUCAGAGUGCCUCCGGGAGCGUGGCUCCAAGCACCACAGCGGUGUCUUGGGUGCCCUCGUCUCAGCACCUCGCGCCCAGCAGCAGCAGCAGCAGGCCUUUGGCGUGUUGACGCGACAGAGGCCGGGGGACGCGGAGGAUGGGGCUAUCCUGGCCUCCAUCGCCGAGGGCGAGGCUUGCGGCGUGGACGCGGUCCCCGCCUACUUCCUGGACGCCGCUGACGGUGACGAGGACCCUGUUGUUGUGGACGUCAUCCUGGACAGCGGGGCCGAUGUGUCAGUGGCUCCUCCGCCUUGGGAAGAGGACCCAGAGGGCCAAGGCAAAAGGAUCCCGGAGAUUGACACAAGGACGGAGUCGGUGAUCGUCUCGAUGGGCCGGCUUAUCCGGGCCAGGAGGAACACCUCGACCAUGAUGGCAACGAUUGCGGCCAUCACUCUGGGACAGGCGGAGGAGCUUGACGUGGUCAACUCGAAAAUCACCUUGAAGGACCAGACGGUGGAUCUUCAAUGCCAGCUUCACACACCACUCUGCCUGCACCAUGCUCUUCAUCGUCGGGCGCUUGCAAUGGAUCUUGCUGGGGUAGCCAGCUACAGUGUGAGCAUGGAGUUUCACGAGUACUUGAUGUCACAUCUCACCAUGGAGCCACCGCCUGGCUAUCAUCAGGUUACACUGCAUCAAGUUCUAGCAGCCGACCGAGCCGCUUGGUUGCGACUCGCCGAGAAGCUUCCUAAAGGGCUUCGCGCUGGUCCCGAUGGUAAACUCCCGUUGGACGUCGAGCUCCCAAAGUUGCAGGUGCGACCCGAAGGUGGCUUUGCAUCUCUUACCAUUAGGACCUUCUACAUCGUCAUCCGGGAACGAUCGCUGGAAGGCGGCCAGGGCAACGAUUCGAAGAUCCAAAGAACUGGAGGCAAGGGUAAAGGGAGGGCUGCAGUGCAGCCCCCGCUGGAGGCAGGUGCCCGCGAGGUGUCCACCUGUGUGCUGCUGGGGCUUAAUGACAGUGUUGGUGUAGACAAGAAUGUCGGCCGAUGCUUGAUCGCAGCGGUUUUGCGUCUCGACCUUAGUGACGAGCAAGCGCGUGAGCUUGUCAUUCAAAUGUUAGAAAACCCCAAUUGUGCCUACGUUCAUGUGCUCGUUCCUUGGAUGAGUCCCGAGCUCCUGUACACCGUGUGGGGGCUCCGAAUCUUGAGCUACAACUGUGGAGGACUUACCUCAGCCCUCUACACCGAGCUGCUUGUCUGGUUGAAAAUGCACCGGCCAGACGUCGUUUUCUUGCAGGAGACGCACUGGUCUGAGGAUCGUGCGCUGCUACUUGUCAAGGCGCACUGCCACAACGGCACGCACUACCUUAUCAACAUCUACCAAAAAGUUCACGAUGGAACCAAAGAGUGCAUCAACCUGCGAUCUGAGGUUUGGGAUGCCCUGCAAAAGGCUAUCGCUACCAGCCCAAGCAGGCACUCCUUAAUUAUAGCCGGUGAUUUUAACACUAGCCUGCAACACCGCGCCCCAUGCACAGGCACCGCUGUCAUUACCAAAGGUAACGCUGCCGAGGCACAAGACGCACAUGUCCUUCAACAGCUUGUGAAACAGUUUGAUCUUCGUGCUCUUAACACCUUUCAGCCGACUCCCUGCAAGCAUACCUACCAGCAUCAGACCAAAACCGAGGUCAGAAGCCAAACCGAUUACAUCCUCAUCCGAGGCCGGAGAACGGACUCACUGGCUAAACAGACCACCACUCUGAUCGACACGGACCUGGGAGCAUGGCGAGGUGGACCAAAGCACUGGCCUCUUCUGGCCUCGAUUCCUGCUGACUGCUUCUACUCUUCGUGCACGCCUGCGCAGGAGAAUGAGGCCAGAUACAUCAAUACACAAGUCAGGCAGGGGAAGCUACUGUUAGGGGAUGUUGAGGAGUUCCAAGCGGCUGUGCACGGGCAGGAGGAGCUGCAAACCUGGUUCCUGGCACAGAGAAGGCGGGUACGCCGCACCACAGCAAUGAUGCUCCUGUCAAACGCCUGUGGCAGUGUCAAGAGGCAAGCAUUCAUCGACGAGCGCGUUAGCCGGGCAACACAGGUCAACAAGAUAGCGCCCAAAGUUGUACGCCGACAACCACAGCUCCGCGAUGUUAGCGGCUGCAUUAUAACACCCGAGCAGGAAACUCAGACUUUGCGAGAUUACUGGCAGCAGAUCUAUUGCAGCCACCAUCCCAGGACCCCUGCCCCGCUCCAUCAGUAUCACCUGCCCGAGGCCUUGCUUCGUACUGCUCUUGCUUCACUGUCACAACACAAAGCCCUGCCGAGCCACUACGCCCCGGGCUUGGCCUGGAAAUCUGCUGCUGCGUCAGUCUCUGCACUCGCAGAGCGCACUAUCCUGCAGGACUGGCGUCAUGAUCACUUCUGGAUUCCCCCAGAGUGGCGACAUGCGUGGCUUUGCCUGAUCCUGAAGGCGGGAAAAACGGGACGCAAGGCUGAGGAGUAUCGCCCGAUCGGGCUCACUGAUCCGGUUGGCAAGCCUGUUCUGGGAGCCGUGCACCGACAACACCACCGGGCCGUCUAUGACUCCGUGGCGCCGUAUCCGCAAUUUGCGUACCUGCCCCGGCGUGGUGUCUCUCAGGCCCUUAUGCGUGCAUUUCAGCAUCUCCACCAAGCUCGGGAGGUCGUGGCACAACAACGUCUUACUCUGCAGCAGCGACAUGCAGGCCAACGCAGGCAGCAGCUGGCAGGAGCAAUCACGGUUUCCCUCGAUCUCAGCAAAGCUUUUGACUCCCUGGAGCCUGAGUUCAUGCAUAAGGCUCUUGAAAUGAGUUGCCUGCCACCGGAGGUGUGUCGACUGAUUGAGAACUGGCAUCACGGGAUUAUAUACCACAUUGAACACGAACAGUGCCGAGCUCAGAUCAACUGCAAUCGGGGGAUUCGUCAGGGUUGUGCGAUUUCUCCCCGAGUGUGGUCACUCUUUACCAUACUCAUCAUGAGUGAAAUGGGGCCGGAGUGGAGCCAGCGCCAUAGCACGUGGUUUGCGGAUGACGCACUGUUUCAGGCUAUGGUCCGCUCCGAGACCGAGCUGCAUCAACAGCUUAAGACGAUCUCCAAGGCCUUGUGGGUGCUGCAAAAACUGGGCCUUUCUAUUGCCCCCACCAAGUGUGCGGUUCUGCUGCAUCUUGGCGGCACGGCUGUGCCAAACUUGUGA